AUCAGUACACGAGUGUUAAGUGAACAAGUGAGACGCGUAGGAUUGCGUUGAAUCGAAAUAUUUCAUCAAUCCGAGUGAUACGACAGAAAAUAAUGCAGAUUAAGGAUAAAAAGGCCGUCAUUCUUGGUCCAGUGAACCGAUUGGGCAUUGCGUUCUGUCGUGAAUUGCUCAGAAAUGGGGCAGGAAGUAUUAUCAUCCUGACUGAUCAACAAUCAGUGGCUAUGACCGCUGUGGAGGAGAUAAACCAGGAGUUUGGACAGAAAAGGCUUAUCUGGCUUCCGUGUGACAUCUCGAAGAAUGAAUUGGAUGUGGCUUUCAAAGAAGCUGUCAAUACUCUUGGCGGACUUGACAUUCUCAUCAAUAAUGUCGACCUCAUAAAUGAAUCUGACAUUAUGAAAGCAGUCGACGUCAACGUUACCGCUGUCAUUCGAAGCACUCUCCUUGGAGUCCAGCAGAUGGGAAAGGAUCUCGGGGGCAGGGGUGGAAUUAUUGUUAAUGUUGCUUCGAUAGUGGGAUUUGAACCGUUACCGCAAUUACCGGUAUAUUCGACAACGAAACAGGCGGUUAUCAGCUUCAGCAGAUCUUUCGCUCAACCUUAUCAUUACCAAAGAACUGGAGUAAAGAUCAUAGUCCUCAGCCCCGGAGUUUCAGGAUCGUCUGCACGAGAGUGUCUCGAGAUCCUCAAAUCACCCACAUCAACACUGGGGUCGGUAACAGUUCACCCACAAAGGGUGGAGACAGUGGCUCACGGUUUAGUUUACGCAAUUCGGUGCGCUCAGAAUGGGAGCAUCUGGGUGAGUGAGGACGGCCAACCUGUCUACGAGAUCAAACCCCCCGAUGUUCUGCCCCAGAAGCAAUGCGACACCGAUAUAUCCGACUUCGAGACUCUCGCCUAUCACUCUAAUCAGAGACAGAGAGAGCCGAAAAAGCAGCGUGGAGUUGAUAAUGCGAUACGAUUGCUUUCCAAAAGAGCAGAAGAGACCACAUUUUUGCUAAUGCUUUAUGGGACUAAUGGUUGGUGGAUGCGAGGGGUUGUCCGGAGUGCAUCGAGAAGCGUCGGUGGAGUUAUCGACGGUUCUCAAUAUAGUAACCGGUUGCCGGCAGUUCUAGAUUGGAAAUUUAUCUCGAUGUCCAGAAGCUCUAGGAGGAAAUGCCUGGUGGGUGUAGAUAAUGUCAGAAAUGUCGCGAAUUUUCUAGAAAAACCUGAUGCAUUUGCAGGCCACCUAUUCGGAAAUAAUAAUCACCGAAAUGUAGUCAGCAAUUCGGUGACAUUAUUAUUAUUCAUCGACUCCUUAUCAGAAAUGAUUCUACGAAUAGUCUGGAUAGCCAGGAUGACCCUCCCCUCUUCUUGGAUGCACGCGCACUUACCCCGAUACCGAUCACGCGUCUUCAUCGAGAGGAAGGGAGUUAUUGCAAUGGAAUCCCCGAUCACCAAGAGUCGUCGCGCCUCCGCCGAGGAAAAGGCGAAAGAACUCGAGAUUAUUAAAGGUCUAGUCUGUGGAAAGAACGUAGUAAUCACCGGUGGUGCAGCUGGACUAGGAUAUGCAUUUGUUAAUCAUUUUCUUCAGAAUGGAGCUAAAACCGUUGUUAUCAUGGACGUUGACGCAGCCGCUGGGGAACGUGCUGUCAAGGCUAUUGCCAAGUCCUAUGGGGGGAGAAAAAUUAUCUUUCUCCAUGCAGACACAUCAAACUUCUCACAAGUACUCGAUGCGUUCAAACAUGUCUCGACGAUUGUGGAUAGUAUCGAUAUCGUCAUUAAUAAUGCAGGUAUCCUGGAUGAGAGGAGAUGGGAACGAGAAAUCGCUGUCAACAUCGGAGGCAUGAUAACAGUAGCAACACUUGCGAUGCGUUUCAUGAGCAAAGAUCAAGGUGCCAAUGGCGGUGUCCUCGUGAAUAUCGCUCAGUACUUCGACUUCACAUGGACCGCACAACUGCCGGUCUACACCGCAACGAAAUACGCAAUCAUCGGACUUUCGCAGUCACUCGGGGCGCCUUAUCACUACGAGAGAACUGGUGUGCGUGUGAUGGCUCUCUGCCCCGGGCUCACCGAGACGGCCCUCACUGUCGACAGCCCCAAUCGGCUUUUGUCAAAAUUUAUGAAGGCUGAUUUUGUCAAAAAUCUUGAGCAAAUGCCCAUUCAAACACCUUUCAUCGUCUCCGAAGGAUUGAUGUCAAUCCUGAAAUGUGGUGACUCCGGCAGCAUUUGGGCAGUGGAAAAUGGCAAGACCCCCUUCGAAAUUUCAACCCCUCACUACAGCACUCAAAAAAGAUGCUACAAGAACAACUUCGUCGUCAGCAAAACCGUUGAGAAAGUCCGAGGACGACCGUUGCGCGAGAUAUGCGAUAGCCUUCCAGCUGGACUCACCGGUUGUGCGUAAGCUCUUUGAUAAAUCUUGUUCGAAGAAAAAAUGCGACUUAUCGAAAAACUUCUAGUCGUCAGCAAUAUUUUAUUGUGAAAAACAUUCACUAAAGGAAGAUUAAUUCGUGUAUUUGUACUAUUUACCUAAGAGACUGCACAAAUUGUAAAUAUUACUCAUGUAAUGUAUAUAAACAAUGUAGGAAUAACGAAAGAAAUUAAACAUAUUUUUUAAAUAACGAAAAGAA